GACGGGGCGGAGGUGGUGAUGGCGGCAGCAUGGGCGGCGUCAAGGGAUUUCAUAAGGACAUCCUGGCCGCCCUGCAGUCCGUGGGCGCCCACACCAUCAGCUUCAACCCCGCCACCGCCAACAACAUAGCCAAACUGCUGCUACGUGUGGCAGCAGCGGAGGGGCUGGACCUGCCGCCAGCGGAGGCGGUAGGCCUGGCGGAGGCGGCUGACGGCGACGUGCGCAGCGCGCUGCAGGCGCUGCAGAUGAACGCCAUGCUGCAGAAGGCCGCGUCGCGAGGCGCGGAGGCACGGGGCGGCGGCGCUGCGGCGGGAGGCCGCAGAGGCAAGAAGGGUAGCAGCAGCCGCGGUGGCGGCGGGUCCAGCACAGCGGGGGGCAAGAGCGCUACUGCGAUGUUGCGUGUGGGUCGCAGCCAGGCGCUGACGCCGGGUGAGGUGGCGAGGCUGGCAGCAGCGCAGCGGGAUCUGGGGCUGCCGUUGUUCCAUGCGCUCGGGAAGAUGCUGUACAACAAGCGGG